AUGAGCCGGUGUGUCGUACACAAGGAGAGCCUUCCGGCGCAGGUGGGCAUCAAACGCCGCCGCACCACUGUGGAGGGGCAGCCAGCAACGCCAUCCUCGCCGCCGCCGCCGUCCUCCUCGGUUGCUGCUGACGUGGAUGAGGACGCUGACAGGAGGCCGCCGUCCGAGAUAGGCGGCACAGACGAUGUGCACCGUACCGAUGCAGAAAAGGCUGUGGAUGAGGGUAACAGAGCUCGUGCAAGGGCCUCGUCUUCCGAGGAAAGUGAGUCCGAUGACGAGGAUGAUGUGGCGGAGUUGGAGCGGGAGAGAAGACGCAUCGAGCAGAUGCGUUCUGAAAAACAGCGGACAAGAGAAGAAAGAGUUGGUACUGCCGCUGCACGCACGACUGACAUAGGCGGUGGCAACAGUGGCAGUAACUGUGGUGGUGGUGGUGGUGUCUCCUCCUACAAUCAUGAUGUGCUGUUUCGAAGACGGGAGUGGCGGGAGCGCGGUGUCGUCGCCGCUACUGGUAAGGAAAAGCGUGAACCCAAAAAAGCCAAGUGGGAGGCGGUGCAAAACAACGCGCAGAACACUGCGGCAUUUCAGCACUUCAUGAAGAAGCACUUUAAGUGA